AAAAGAUGCUGAAUCCUGGUUGGCUGGAGAGUAGAGGCUGACUCAGUGGAUCUGGAAAAGCAGCAUGUGACAGAUGCAAUUCUCAUCCCAGUCCUCACCAUCAGACCAGAGGCUUGUUCGCCAUUGGCCCCGUUCAUUGGACCGGCAACGCACGGUGCGCUAUAACACCAUGCUUUCCUUUGCCAGACCCAGCGGAGCUCUCUCACUAGCGCGUAUCACUUGCGCAUCGAGCAGGAGACUCAACCCAGACACACUUCAGCCCAGCGCAGAGAGCCGAGACUGAGGAAGAGGAAAGAACGAGUUAGCAGCUCUCCUUUACUCUCGUUUCUGCUGUACAGAAGAGGAGAGAGAGUGGGAUAGCGCAUUUGCUGGAGGCUACUAUAAGAAGCAGAGGCACACCACAUAAAUCCCCCAAAGUGACUGUAACAGACCGAGCUGAAAUGACUGAUGUUUGAGGAUCCGAGAGGAUGAGGGAACCUGCUCGCUCCGUUCCUGACUGAGGGAAAGUGAGCUUGUGCCUAUCAUCUGAAACAGAGAAACAAAAGAAAAGGCGUGUUGGGUGGACUUAUUUCUCUCUCUCUUUGGCUGAACUCUGUGCAUGGCAGCUUCGGGUCCCCCAUGGCGUGUUACUACAUUGUCAUCAGCUCCACACACCUCAGCAAUGGACACUUUCGAAACAUCAAGGGAGUUUUCCGAGGUCCCCUCUGCAAGAAUGGCAACAAAAACUUGGAUUAUGCUGAGAAGGGGAAAACCUUGGCCAAAGCCCUGGAGGACCUCAAGGCCAACUUCUACUGUCAGCUGUGUGACAAACAGUAUUACAAGCAUCAAGAGUUUGACAACCACAUCAACUCGUAUGACCACGCUCACAAGCAGAGGCUGAAAGAACUGAAGCAGAGGGAGUUUGCCCGCAACGUGGCCUCCAAAUCGAGGAAGGAUGAGAGAAAACAGGAGAGAGCUCUCAGACGCCUACAUGAGCUUGCUGAACAACGCAGAGAGGUGCAAUGUGCCCCAGGAAGUGGUCCUAUGUUUAAGUCUACCACGGUGGCAGUGGAGGGUUCUUUCAGGGAGUCCUGCUGUGAUGAUGCCCAAGAAGAAAACCACAGCUGUGCGGCUCAAGAUUCAGGGGGUCCGAUCCAUUCCAGCAGUUGUGGCUUAGCUAGUAAUCAGUCACUGUGGCCGUACAAUGGCAGGGCCAAAAAGCAAACUUUCAGACGCAAAAUUGCAUUCUCUUUUUCCUUUCCAAAGAAAGCGUCUGUUAAGCUUGAGUCCUCAGCGGCGGUUUUCUGUGAGAGCAUAGAGGAGGGAUCGAUGGAGCGGAGCCGCAGACAAAGACUCAGAGCACCCCCUGUCGAGCUUGACCUCCCCAGCUCCCCCAUGGAGGAAAAAGUACUAAAUUGUGAGGAGGCAAUUUACAGCACUGGCACACAGCUGGGCAAGCACUUUCAAGAAAGUGACAGCACCGGAAGUCAGGGGUCAUCAGAUAUCCCUGUGGCGAGGGAGAGCCCCUCGUCAACGGCCUCAGAUUUGUGUGCUUUGCUCGUUUACUCAGAGGAUGUGCCCAGUCCUGCCGUAUCCCUCAUAAACACUUCCCCCUACCAUUUAAACAGUGCUGAUAUUGUUCUUGACUCUGAAGACUCUGUUGAGAGCCUGAAAAGCAGCAUUGCUGAUAAUAAACCUGAGACCUCUGAGGAUGUGACAGUAGAGGAGAACAGCAUUACAGAGGAGGGGCACUCAACCAUCAUUGAGCCUCUGGAACAGACUUUCUCAGAUGUGUCACCUAAGUACGAUUCUGCUCAAAAACAAGAACAAGUGGAGGAAGCAACUGCAAAGACAUCUUCCCCUUUCACAAAACCAAGCCAGCCUUUUUUCUCUGUCCUAAGCAGAGAUGGUAACACCAUCUUCCAGUGGCCCUCCGAGAUGGUGUCCUUCACAAGGACAGAGCCAUCCCUGUCUUUCAGUUGCAACCCCCUCCAUUUUGAUUUCAAGAGGUCACGGAUUAGAAGGUCUGCUGACACUCAGGAGAUGACUGAGCUCAAAACUGAUGAGGAAUUAUCUGUCUGCUCAGGUUUCAAAUCCUGCCACUCUGACAAGCACAUUGAGGAAUCCACAGCCAGCCACAGAAACAGUCCCAGCGAAGGACCUGAAGGCAAGGUCAGAAAGUGUUAUCAGUUUUCAAAUGACACAGAGAGUUGUGUCAGGCUGAAAACACAUGACAGGUGUAGACAUUCCAAAGAUUGGAUUCAUGCAAGUAAGGGGGCUGAAAAGAAAUUGCGGACCAGGGAACGACGUCAUUACAGGAGCAACUGCAAAAGAAAGCGAAGGAAGCGAAAGAGGAGGAGAGACAUAUACCGGGAAACAGAGAGCAAUAUGGUGAAAUCUAAGAAAUUCCACAGACGACCUGAGUGUGUGGAAGGACUUGAUAGCCAAUUUAGAGGCACCACUUCACAGCAAGUGCAUCCAUUAGAGAAGUCAAAGCAAUCAGCUCAAAAUCAGACUCAGGACAUCAGCACAGCUCCCGUAGUUGAGGAAGGGGUGGGAGGCAUGAGGCAGGAGGCAACAGCCGAUGUAAACGGCUCAGCGGGCUGCAUCAUUCUCUCUGAUGAGUUCUGUGCUGAUGGUGAAAAGGUGCUUAGGAACAGCAGGGAAAAGCCUGACAAUCCAACUGCAGGGGAGCCGACGACCAUAGCACAGUGUUCUCGUAGCCAGGACACAUCUCACUUUCAGAGAUCCAGUGCAGCCGAAGGGUGCCAAGAGGAGACGCCUUCAUCACCAGAGACUAACAGAGAUGGACCAUGUGAAGGACAAAUUUCGAAAAAACGACGAUCAGAUUUUAUGAGUGAUGUAGAUGAGUCUUACAACUCCUGUCAGUCACCGGCAGAGAUUUCUGAUGGGUGCUCAGAAGUUACCUGUUGUUUGCAUGGAAUUAUGAGGAAAAGAAAGAGGUUGUCACAUGUCCAAGAUCAAACUCCAUGCCUUGCAAAUGAAUGUACUGCUGUUAAAAACAGUGUUCUGGAAGAAAAGGACAAAGCUGUGGAGGAUUCAAGCCUGAAAUGCCUUGUUUUAAAAGGCAUGUGUGACAGCUCGAAUGGGUCAGACCAAAUCUCAUGCAGUAUUGAUGAUGUAGAGAGCAGUGCGGUUGGUCCUCAGACAUUUACUUCCAUUAGCAGUGCCCCGGGUCAUACUGUGGUGGAGAGCAGUGACUGGCAACAGAGUGCCUCCUCUCAGAUCAAUGCUUCAUGCACCAAGGGUAGUCUAACUCUACUAGAGACAGAUUCAAAGGUCUCGGAAGAGCCAACAAUGGAGAAUAGUUACAUCGUUAGUAGAGAGUCCAAGGCAGCACAAACGCACUCAAAGGACCGUAACAAGUAUUCAGCGGUUGCUCAGGCCUGCCUGCUCGAUGUGAGAGAGUUAGCCCUGCAGAGGACUGAAAAAGCUACUCACGACAAAUCAUGUCAGCACAGCAUUCAAACCCCACCGCAGAGAUUUCACCUAGGCAUUCAGGCUGAGGAGAAGUUGAGGGAGUGCUUCCACACCACCAGCAGCCUGUUCCAACAACCCUCUGCAUCUUUUCAGGCCCCCACAGAAAGCAUGGAGAGACACUGUCUCCUGCAGAUCCAGAGUCAUGGACAAGUUCUACACCAGCAGAUGUUCCCCACCAAGCUCAAAUCUGUCCUAUCCAGGCCUCAUAUGCCCAUGUCAUCUGCCGUCCUUCAUCCAGUUCACCUGCCAUCCUCCUUGCCUUCUGGCUCCAUCACAAUACGUCACACCAUAUUACAGCACCACACCGCUUUCCUGCCCCCACAACCCCCUAUUUACCCCCAGGUAGUGCCUGUUUCUCGACUCCCCAUGGGGCCAGAGAUCUGUCGGCCCACUGCACCUCCCUUCGUGACCCCUCAGCAGGUAUCGGUAGUGGCACCCCCUAGUAUUCACCCAAUGACUGUUACGUUUCAUGCUCUGCCACAACCUGCCAUGUUUCCGCCCAUGUUGCCCCCUCAUCAUGCUGUCAUUCCCCUUCAGCCUCUCUUCUAGCUGUGUGUGUAACAAAAUGUAUUUUGUACUUCAGAAGUGAGAGAAAUAUCUGCAGUGCUGCUUCCUUAGAAAUAAUUUUGAGAUAGGAAGUUUUCCUUGGGUAACAUACAAAUGAGUUGUCUUUGCAGUUUGGGAAGGAUGCUGUCAUAUUGUCAGAAGAGAUUCGUGCAAACACUUUUUAUUAGGAAAAAAAAAACAUAUAUAACUCACCAACCUGAUUAAGUCCAAUACCUAUUUUAUUACGAUUUGUUGUUUUGUAGAUUUUAAUCAUCUCAAAGACCAUCGGUUUGUUGGAUCAAAAGCAGCAUGAUCAUUUGUAACACAAUUUAGGUGCACAUCUUUCUAGAAAAAAAAAAGAUAAGAUAAAUACAUAAAUAUAAACACACAGACACACACACACGCACACACACAUAUAUAUAUAUAUAUAUAUAUAUAUAUAUAUAUAUGCGCUUUAGUCUAGAUAAUAACAAAAUACGGUUAUAAUAAUGAUAUAUAAUAACAAUAGAACACUCUAAAAAAUGCUGGGUUGUUUUAACCCAA